AUGAAGUUUCUCCACGUCGGUCUCAAGGUAAAUGCUCGUCCUUUACUCAAUAACUUCUCUCACAUCUCUCUCAAGGAUUCUUACCCGAAAUGCGGUCAAGAGUGGUCUGAAGAUGACUCCUCCGAUCUAGUGAACCGUUUAGGCAAAAACCUGGAAAAGGUCGGACAAUUACAUAAGAGGCAGAUGGCGGAAGUGUUGGAGCGCGCUAAAUGGGCAGGCUUUACCCGAUGGCACAUGCUGACUGCCCUCGAUGGGUCGUCUUAUUCGUCAACAUUUCGAAAUGAUUGCCACACCUCAUUUAAUGUCAUGGUCCAGUUCGAGGAACGCGAUGGGGCAGUGCACCCUCACAUUUUGGAUAGGAAACAACUUUCCGCUUUUGUUCGGCGCUUCGGGGCUGAUUUGGAACAGCUUCGGAAGUUGACGAGGCCUCAGAUGCUCACAGUGGCUAUCGGACUCGAGUCAGCUGGAUUUGUGGAUGGUUUUCUGGUAUCAGAAGCCAUCCAAGAUAGUUUUGUAUCAUCAGAGAACUGUUCCACUGAUGCCUUUCAACCCGCUCCAUUUCUUCCACCUCAGCCUCCUACCAGCCCUUGUCCGAUACCUGACGCAUCAUCAUUGUGCGCUGAUUCUUCAUCGUGGAGAGAUUAUUUGAAUUCACCGGAGAACACCGACAUUGGCCUUGCGGACUGCUCAUUCUCCACCACCGAUACUCCCUCCGAAAGUGCGUCUCCCAUGAGCGAACUAAUUCUUGCCUGUCCCGCAAACACAUUUACACCUGGUGAUGAGGCACCAUCUUAUUCGACGCCUCUUAUUUCCUGUCUGAAUAAAGAUGAAAGCAAGGUCCCCAGUUCGGAGCGAGACACCGCGAUAGCGUCGCCCACACCUUUCUUCACGUCUGGUGUCGAUAGAGGACUUUCAUGCUAUCUAACGCCGCCUUUUUGUGGAUUUGAAGAACUCGGUGUGAGGCAGGAACCUAUUUCUUUAGCCGGACGGCUCUCGGCUAUCCAAGCAGAAAGCAUGAACGAGCUUGUCAGCACCCGAGGAGACCAUCCAGUCGCUCCAAUGACGCUUGGUUCUGCAGAGCAAACUUUGAAAUAUCUACUGCGUUCUUGCGAUGCCACGCUCGAUGAAAAUCGAGCCCAGGGAGUUCUCGACGCCAGUGCUCAUUCUCUCCUCGCGGAAGAUCUCGGUCAAAUACUACAUCCCCUAUUUGACCAUUGGAAUUCUCAUAAGUCACUUGAGUUGCCGGCGCUAGGACUUCCGUUGCAAUGGAGAGGCAUAUAUGCAGCUGCGGACUACCUUCGAAUACUUGAUGAUGACGAGAACUCACCUUAUUUGAACCCCAUCGCAAAACGUAUUGGGCAGGUAUUACUAUACUUCAAUUACGAGGAGCUUUGCAGACACCCGAACAAACACCCUUCCUGUUCCUCAUCAAAGGCCAAUACAACUCAAGUGUUGAAUAGCAUCCUUGCUGCUUAUCAGGACGAUCCUCGUUACUCAAAAUCGAUGCAGUGCCGGCGCGAUAGGGUGGCAGGCUAUCAUGUACGCCACGGCAGAUGGUGGUGGAGGCUUGCAAGUACUCUAGGAGUCGGCAUACUCUUGCUGGGCAAUACUUCUUUGGUUAACAGCAUGCGCAGCAAGUCGUUCACUAAUUCUCAGAUAAAGGCUUUCGUCGCUUUCUCUCAAAAGACACGUUCGGGGACUGUGCGUACAUUCAAAGCGUCGGAAUCUAUGGUAAAAUCUCUUAUGUUUGGACAAGUGACAGACGAUCUUCAUAAAUUUCUCUUCAAUAAUGAUGUCGGUCUUCUCCGGCCCGAGGAAUUGGCGCGCAUUCAGAAUGAGGACGAACAAGCAUUAAAGGUUCAACUCUCCCAGGACUCUUGGGAAGCGGUAGACGCAGAAAAUGACGCAAUGCGCAAAAUGACAGAUUUUCUCAGCUAG